AUGCCGGUCCGUGAAAGUGCCCUUGUUAAAUUUAAUGAAAAAGUUCUGAAUUCGGGUUGUACUUUGAAUGACUUGCAUGAUCUUGAAAAGCCAGAGAAAUCUGAAGGCAUAGAAAUGAAAAUAGUCAUUAAGGAUUUCUUGGGAAAUGAAAUAUGGGAUAGUGGUAAAUAUCUCAAACAGUGCAAACUAACUGUAUUUUGUUAUAAUAACCAUGCUUGGAAGGGUGAUAUUUCCGAAAUGCCACAAGUAUCUUCAGUCUGCUAUAUGAAUUUAGAAUAUGAAAGAGCACUUGCUUCCGCAUGUAUCAAAACUAAAGAAGGAAAGGUUAACAUCAAUGAUAAAAAAAUUGCAGAAGCACUUAUAUUAUUUGUUACCAGAAAACUCCCGAAAGCUACAAGAAUAUGGAUUAUAGGUAAGGAAAUUUUAACACAUGAAGGUUAUCUCUAUUGUAGCUAUCAUGAAUGGAAAAAAUUAAUUAAGGCUUUCGAAUAUGAAAAAUCGCAAUUCAUACCUGAAGAACUUUUAAAAUGGGACCUGACGAUAGAUAUUCAUAGAUGGAUGGAAGGAGAAUAUCAUUCUACAGUACUAAUUUCUUCACAAGAGCUUAAAGCAGAAUAUAAUGAACUUGAAAAAUUCCUGGGAGAUCCACCUCCUAAACACAUUCAUAUUGAUCUUUGUGAAGCAUAUCUUGAUUGUGAAGAUUCAGAAUGGAGUGUAUCAGAAGCAUUACCUUGGCUAGUAGCAUGGGAAUUUGCCAAAAAUCUCCAUCUAUUUAUAGCAGGACUUAUUGAGCAACAUCUCACAGAAAAGAAAGACUGGAUUCUGACACCUCUUAUAGAUUACCUGCUUAAUGCUGGAUGGCUCAUAAGUGCAACUCCAAGAGAAAUCAUAUAUAGUGUAGGCAAAAAAUCCUGCAUUGAAUUUUCACCUGAUCGUGAUAUAGCAGUUCAUUUCCAAGAAAAAAGUGUCGACCAAACUGAACAACUGAAAUGCUUCCCAGUUGAAAAUGUAUUACGAAUAUGUACUGAUGCAAUUUAUACAACAACAAUUCCUAAAACUAUUUUAGAUAAGAGUAAACUUAAGAUCAAUUUUGAUAAAAAGCUCUUUGCUAAUGCAAAAAAUAAUAUAGAGUUAGAAGAGGUUCAAAAAAGAUACAAUGCGGAAGUAGAUAAAAUAAAAAAGCAAUAUGAAUCUGUAAUAGUUUUAGAUAUUCCAGAAAUUAAGUAUGGCCAGUGGCGCAAGAAAAAGCCAGGUGACAAAGAAGGUCCACAUGAAUUUCUUACAAAAUGGGCUGACGAAGUAAUCUGGUGUAUGGAAGACUAUCGUGUACAAGAUGAUGAACUCAAGGCAUUAAAAUUACGUAUGUGGAUGAAAAAUAAUAUUACUCAAUUACUAGAAUUUUAUAAGACUAUACCUAAAACAACAUGGGAAAAUGCUCUUGCUCAGUGGACUCCAAAUGAUAUCUGGAUUUGUUCUACAAAUGAUAUGGAUAUGCAAGUUGAAAGUGCAUUAUUACAAGCAUAUGCAUCGCACUUCCCCAAUGAGCCUUCAGUUAUUCAUUUCAAUCCAGAUGAUAGUAUUAAACAUAAAUAUUAUAUUCAAGAAAAGCCUGUACAAAUUUCAGGUAGCAUUGAAAUUAUAGAAGCAUAUGUUAGUACUAUAGUAAACGUGCUACUUGAAAUUGUAUUGUGCAGACUUUCUGCUGAAUGGAAAUAUGCUGGCUGGAGAACAGUUUAUCGAAUUCAAGAACAAACAAUUGAGGUACCAGAAUGUUGCUUUAUUGUAGACCAUAGUCUGAGGGUUGCACUGCCAAAUGAUAUACUCGAAUAUAUUGAGCCGACUGAACUUCAAGCAACUCCUUGUCUACAAAUAAUUGAAGCAAAAUUAAGAUGUUAUAAGUUGGAUGACCGCAAAAAGAACCAAUAUUUUCCAAGGCCAUUUAUGAUAGUCGAGGACUGGAAGGUAGACAAUAAAUCAGAUUUAAUAGAAGAUUUUAUAGUGUGCGAGAAGUCCCUCUUUCUAACAGAAAAUGAUGAGGAAAAUGCUAUUCCUUCACUCACAAUAAAGGACAUUAUAGAAAUUGCAAUUUAG